CAUUUCCUUCUCCAAUGGAGUUCUUCUCUGAGAGUGAGAGGAAUCACUGAAAAAAUAAUACUGACCAUUUCCCAAAAAGUUAUGUACUUAUUCUGACGAAAUCUGCAGGAAAUUCUCAAUUUUUUUAAAAGAAGUAGCUUUUUGGAGUUAUGGAGACGGAGAUUCCUAGGUCAACGGAGAUAUCAGAGACAUUGUUGUUACCAGAAACGAAUCUAGAUCACGGUGAAUAUGUACCCGAGUGGAAGGAACAGAUCACGAUUCGAGGCUUGAUCUCUAGCGCCUUGUUAGGGAUUUUGUUCUGUAUCAUUACCCAUAAGCUCAAUCUAACAAUCGGAAUCAUUCCUUCGCUUAAUGUAGCUGCUGGUCUUCUCGGCUUCUUCUUCAUCAAGUCGUGGACUGGGUUCUUGUCUAAAUUAGGGUUUUUAUCUAAACCCUUUACUAAGCAAGAGAACACUGUUAUUCAGACUUGCGUUGUCUCCUGCUACGGCCUUGCUUAUAGCGGAGGAUUUGGUUCGUAUUUGAUAGCUAUGGAUGAAAGGACAUAUAAGCUCAUUGGUUCUGAUUAUCCUGGAAACAAUCCUGAAGAUGUUAUAAAUCCUGGAUUGUGGUGGAUGACUGGCUUUUUAUUUGUAGUUAGCUUCCUCGGUCUCUUCUGUCUCGUUCCACUUCGCAAGUGUAUCUUAGGUGAUGAUUUUGGAUUACAAGCUUACGUAUCCCAGUGGAACCGCUACAGCAAUGUUGAUUAACAGUUUCCACAACAAUACUGGAGCUGAGCUUGCAGGAAAACAAGUCAAAUGUCUUGGGAAAUACCUGAGCCUUAGCUUAGUUUGGAGUUGCUUCAAGUGGUUCUUUAGUGGUAUUGGAGGUGCAUGUGGGUUUGAUCACUUUCCCACACUUGGUUUGACUCUAUUCAAGAACACGUUUUACUUUGAUUUCAGUCCUACUUUUAUUGGAUGUGGCAUGAUAUGUCCCCAUUUGGUGAACUGUUCGGUUCUUCUUGGUGCUAUCAUCUCUUGGGGUUUUCUCUGGCCAUUUAUAUCACAGCAUGCUGGGGACUGGUAUCCAGCUGACCUUAAAGCCAACGAUUUCAAAGGUCUCUAUGGAUAUAAGGUAUUUAUCGCCAUUUCUAUCAUCCUUGGUGACGGUCUCUACAACCUCAUUAAGAUCAUUGUUGUCACUGUGAAGGAAAUCUGCAACAAAAGCUCCAGACAACACAACCUACCUGUCUUUACCGACAUUUUAGAUAAAAGUAAGACCUCAGUAUUAAUGCGGGAGAAGAAGAAAAGAGAUAUCAUAUUUCUCAAGGACCGUAUACCCCUCGAGUUUGCGGUUUCUGGUUAUGUGGGUCUUGCAGCUAUUUCAACCGCUAUAAUCCCGUUGAUAUUCCCACCAUUGAAAUGGUACUUUGUCCUCUGUUCAUACUUAGUUGCCCCGGGUCUUGCUUUUUGCAAUUCUUAUGGAGCCGGGCUCACAGAUAUGAGCAUGCCUUCAACCUACGGAAAGACUGGUCUUUUCAUCGUUGCUUCAAUUGUAGGAAAUAAUGGUGGAGUCAUUGCCGGUUUAGCAGCAUGUGGCAUUAUGAUGUCAAUCGUCUCAACUGCAGCGGAUCUCAUGCAGGAUUUUAAAACAGGUUACCUCACACUAUCAUCUGCAAAAUCCAUGUUUGUAACUCAGCUUUUGGGUACAGCAAUGGGUUGCAUAAUCGCUCCUCUCACGUUCUGGCUGUUUUGGACUGCUUUUGAUAUUGGAGAUCCUGAUGGUCUAUACAAAGCACCUUACGCGGUCAUCUACCGCGAAAUGGCUAUUCUCGGGGUCGAAGGCUUUGCCAAACUGCCCAAACACUGUUUGGCACUUUGUUGUGGAUUCUUCAUCGCUGCUCUGAUUGUAAAUCUAAUUAGAGACAUGACACCACCAAAGAUCUCUAAGUUGAUACCACUUCCAAUGGCAAUGGCUGGUCCAUUCUACAUAGGAGCUUACUUCGCCAUCGACAUGUUCGUAGGAACCGUGAUAAUGCUCGUAUGGGAACGGAUGAAUAAGAAAGACGCAGAUGAUUACUCGGGUGCAGUAGCUUCAGGUCUGAUCUGCGGAGAUGGAAUUUGGACCAUCCCAUCCGCAAUUCUUUCUAUAUUAAGAAUCAAUCCACCCAUUUGUAUGUACUUUAGACCAUCCUAGACAUUGUUAUCAUGUUAAAAAUUUGUUGCAUUAUGGCAGAUAAUAGAGUUUUUAUAUCUCACUCUAGAACACAAAGUGCCAAUAGCAACAAGUAUGUGGCAUAAAGUCAAACAGACAAGGUUGACCAACGAAA